GUCGAUAAACAGUGUUAGCGAGAGCGCUAGUAAUCAACUAUCAUACGUUUGUACGUUGUCUGGUUGCAGGUAUAGACAGAAAUUUGAUACAUAAAGUUGUAUCGCAAUUUGAAGUCGCUGGUACUUUUGGAAAUAUGUUUCGUCUUUUCGUGGCGAUCGCAGCCCUCUGCGUGUUGACCGAUGCACACGGGUUUCAGAGAAUUCCAUUGCACAAGACGGAGUCUAUUCGAAAAACUCUAAAACAAGUUGGUACAGAAUUGCGACAAGUUCGUUUGUAUGACGAUAAUAGAUCUGUGCCAGAACCUUUGUCUAAUUAUCUGGAUGCUCAGUACUAUGGUGAAAUCACCAUUGGAACUCCUCCACAAAAAUUCAAAGUAAUUUUUGAUACUGGUUCCUCAAAUCUCUGGGUGCCAUCCAAGAAGUGUCACUUUACCAACAUUGCUUGCUUGCUACAUAAUAAAUAUAACAGCGAGAAAUCUAGUACAUACAAAAAAAACGGCACUAAGUUUGCUAUUCAAUACGGCACUGGCAGUUUGUCUGGCUUUUUGUCAACUGAUAUAGUCAAUGUUGCUAGCAUUAAUGUUCAGGAUCAAACAUUCGCAGAAGCGAUCAGUGAACCAGGCUUGGCCUUUGUUGCUGCGAAAUUUGAUGGUAUCCUGGGAAUGGGUUAUUCCACGAUAUCUAUCGAUGGAGUGACUCCUGUCUUCUACAACAUGGUUAAACAAGGGCUGGUGUCACAACCUGUUUUCAGCUUUUAUCUGAAUCGAGACCCAUCAGCUGAAGUGGGUGGAGAAAUGAUAUUGGGCGGUUCCGAUCCCAAUCAUUAUGAAGGCGAGCUCACAUACGUUCCCGUUACUCGCAAAGGAUACUGGCAAUUUUCCAUGGACAAGGUACAAGUGGAUAAUCAAACUACAGGGCAAAUGGCGCAGGCCGACGGGCAUCCUGUUACGGUCGCUUGCGCGUCAGGCUGCCAAGCUAUCGCUGAUACGGGCACUUCUUUGAUAACUGGUCCAACUAAUGAAAUUGAAAUCAUCAACAAAAUGAUCGGAGCUACUUCCAUCUCUGGAGAGGCAAUAGUCAACUGCAGUCUGAUUUCUGAAUUGCCUCUGAUUAAUUUUGUUCUGAGUGGUAAGAACUUCUCUCUUAAAGGUGAAGAUUACGUUCUUCAGAUCAAAGAGAUGGGCACGACGAUUUGUAUGAGUGGCUUCAUGGCACUGGAUAUGCCUGAACCGCUAUGGAUUCUGGGUGAUGUAUUUAUCGGUCGUUAUUAUACCGAAUUUGAUAUGGGAAACGACCGAGUAGGAUUUGCUCCGGCAAAAUAAACGUUGAUUGCUUUCUUUUGAAGUUACUACUAAACGUUAGGAUUUAAAUACCAACUUUGCAGACAAUUAGGUCAAAUUUUUUUCAACAGCGAGCUUUAUGCUUGUAAUUUUAACUUGUGAGUAUCCAUGCGGUACAUUAUUAAACAUAUAUACAAUGUAAUAUUUUUAAAAACUUAGCACGAAAGCAUGUGCUAUGUUGUUUUAAUGAUUUUGUAUAUUUUGUUAGCAUAAUGUACCGUAUUGUUACAAGAGAUAUAAUAUGUGAUUGUCGUUAAGUCUGUUAAAAUAAAGAUAUGUUAUUCUUUUCAUACCA